UCGAGAAUCGCCACCGAGACAGUCAGUGAGCGCCGCGAACUCGCCGUGGGAGGUAGCGUUUGGUGAAUAGUCACUCUGUAGGACGUGAGUCGCGGCUAAUCCUUUGGGAACAACUUCCCCCGAUUGACUUACGUUUACGGAGUACAAAAGAACUGGAAGUCGUUUAGACAUUGAACCGCAGCCUCCAUUCGCGGAACGAUGGAACGUUAGAUUCGGGCGCGAGAAUUAGUAAGGUUAAGUUUAUCGGACUGCGAUCGGCCGUUCGAUUUUUGGUGACAGUUAAUCGCGAUGCGCGAAUGUACGAGUAUCGGCGGGCAGACAAGAGACCCUGUUCAUUAAAAUUGCGGAAAUUAAUACCUUGAGAUCGUGGCUUGAGAUUCUGACGUUCCAUGUUUCAUCCCUCGGUUCGGCAAGGUGGAUUCGGGCAGGGGAUCGUCGGACAGCUUCUCGGCUAGCUGACGUCAUCAAGAACAAACAGGCAGAUCGAAGAUCCGCAGGAAAGGAGAUAUUAUAUCUCUGGGCUGAAAGCCGAGGGACAAAGAGACCCGACGUCGUCGUCUAAGAGUCGCCGUACCAAAGACGGAAAAGGGAACUGAUCACGAUCACAGAGGACACUGAAGAUAGCGACAGGAACAAGAAUUCCAAGGGAGAGGAAUCGUUUCAUCAAUCGAUCGUGCGAUUCGAAAUCGACCUGAAUCUCGCCAAUUAACUGAGUAUCCAUCUGACGUUUCGUUCUUCGGUCGUCGUCGAGUGUUUUCGGUGGUGCCAUUUUCGUUUCUAUCGGACAAUCGCGCGAACAGCCGCGGAGGGAGAGAAAGUACUCUUGUGCAAGAUGAUAACAAGUGUCGGGAUCGCGAUCAACGUCCGGCUGUGCCUGAACGCCUGAUCGCGAGAGACAGCUCGUGAAACCGACGCGUUGGACGGCUUUUUUCCCCUCGGCGAGAUUAAAAAACGAUGUCCGACAGGAGCAAGUGAGAAACCCCCUUUUUUUGCGUGUCACCUUCCCUCUUCUCGACGCUCUCCACUCGACGGGCGAAAGAUGUGCCUGCGACACUUGCUGCUCUGCCUGCUGGCCAUCGUUGUCAUCGUGAACGAGUCCAAGGCUAGCUGGGAGGAAUGGUGGACCUACGACGGAAUUUCGGGUCCUGCGUUUUGGGGUUUGAUAAACCCGCAGUGGUCUCUGUGCAGCAAAGGAAGGAGACAGAGCCCUAUCAACAUCGAGCCUGACAAGCUCCUCUUCGACCGCCACUUGAGACCCGUGUUGGUCGACAAACACAAGGUUUCUGGCCACCUACACAACACCGGCCAGUUUCUGCUAUUCAGAGCGGACCGGGAGGCGAAGGUGCGAGUCAAUAUAACCGGCGGCCCACUCGCCUAUCACUAUCAAUUCGAGGAGAUCUACAUACACUACGGGAUGGAUAACGAUCACGGAUCGGAGCAUCACAUCAAUAACUAUGCAUUUCCCGCCGAGAUACAAGUGUACGGAUUCAACGCGGAACUGUAUCACAAUAUGAGCGAGGCGAAGCACAAGAGCCAAGGGUUGGUCGCGAUCUCGUUAAUGGUUCAGCUCGGCGAGUCGCUCAACUCCGAACUACGAAUCAUAACCAGUGCGUUCAACCAAGUCCUCCACCGCG